GAUCAUCACUCUCCCGUUUACUGUUAGCCAUUGGUGUGGCAGUUCUAGCGCAGGUCUCUGGGAGUCGUAGUCCUAGACGGCCCACUUUAUCUUCUUCCCCUUGGGAAGAAGGAACUACAAGUCCCAGGGUCUCACAGCGGCAGCAGGUGGGAGCUUGGAUGUUGAUAUCAACAUGGCGCUUGUCAGACAGACAAAGGCAGUCAGUCUGGUCUGAUUGAGCCCAAAAGGGAGCAGGAAGAAGUGGGAGGGGUUUUUUUCUUUCCUUGGGGGGUUCAAAGGAAGCAGAGCUUGGGAGUCUGAAGCAAUCCCCCCCUUGGAGCUCCUUUCCAUUUUAUUUUGCAGGAUCCCCUAAAAAAAGAAAUCUCUUCGCUUUUCCUAUUUGGGAGCCACCCCCAACUUCUGCUUCUAAAUGGUCAAGUGGAGAAAAAAGUAGCCAGAACCAAAACAUCUCAACUGAAAAUGGCAGAUUGACGUGUCAGUGAGAAUUGGCUGUACUAGUUCACGCUGCAGGGCCUUGGAAUCAGGGAAAUAUUUCUGCCCUCAUUGCCCAAAGAGACAGCUAAGGCAAGAGAACAAGGCUAACAGAAUGAUAACAAAUACUGAAGACCUCCAAGAGGCUUUCUGACCUUCCUCUCCCCAUGUAAAUUAUGCUGAGAACCUUUCCAGUGGUUCUGCUGGAAACCAUGUUUCACUACACAGAUGAACCCAGAUUCACCAUAGAGCAAAUAGAUCUACUUCAACGCCUGCGGCGUACUGGUAUGACACGCCACGAAAUCCUUCAUGCUUUGGAAACCUUUGACCGUCUUGACCAGGAACACAGUGACAAGUUUGGGCGGCGGUCUGCCUAUGGGAGUGGAUCCUGUAGUAACAGCACCAACAAUGUUCCAGCGUCUUCCUCUACAGCCACAGCUUCCACACAGACCCAGCACUCUGGGAUGUCCCCAUCUCCAAGCAACAGUUAUGAUACCUCCCCACAACCUUGCACUACCAAUCAAAAUGGGAGGGAGAGUAACGAGAGGUUGUCUGCCUUCAAUGGGAAGAUGUCGCCUACACGUUACCCUCUGGCAAAUAGCAUGGCUCAAAGGUCAUAUAGCUUUGAAGCCUCUGAGGAGGACUUGGAUGUAGAUGAUAAAGUAGAAGAAUUGAUGAGGAGGGACAGCAGCGUGAUAAAAGAGGAAAUCAAAGCCUUCCUGGCCAACCGGAGGAUUUCUCAAGCAGUUGUUGCACAGGUUACAGGCAUCAGUCAGAGUCGGAUCUCCCACUGGCUGUUGCAACAGGGAUCAGACCUGAGUGAACAAAAGAAAAGGGCCUUUUACCGAUGGUACCAGCUUGAGAAAUCAAAUCCAGGGGCUACAUUAAGCAUGAGACCAGCCCCUCUUCCAGUUGAAGAGCCAGAAUGGAGACAGACGCCUCCGCCAGUCACAGCUACCUCUGGGACUUUCCGCUUGCGACGUGGCAGUCGGUUUACCUGGAGAAAGGAAUGUUUGGCUGUCAUGGAAAGCUACUUCAAUGAGAAUCAAUAUCCUGAUGAGGCCAAGAGAGAAGAAAUUGCAAAUGCUUGUAAUGCAGUUAUUCAAAAGCCAGGAAAGAAGCUGUCAGAUCUGGAGCGAGUUACCUCCCUCAAAGUGUACAAUUGGUUUGCCAAUAGAAGGAAGGAAAUCAAGAGGCGAGCCAAUAUUGAAGCAGCAAUCCUGGAGAGUCAUGGGAUAGAUGUACAAAGCCCCGGAGGCCACUCCAACAGUGACGACGUAGACGGAAAUGACUAUUCAGAGCAGGAGUCUUGGCAAGUACGCAAUGGGGAGGAGGAGGGAAGAUGUACAGAGGGAGGCAGAGAAGCAGAGAAGUUAGAAGAAGACAGGAGGAUCUGCUCAAAACAAGAUGACAACACUAGCCAUAGCGACCACCAAGACCCUAUCUCACUAGCCGUGGAGAUGGCAGCGGUAAAUCACACCAUUCUGGCGUUGGCCCGGCAAGGAACCAGCGAGAUCAAAACAGAGGCCCUGGAUGAUGACUGAUGACGCGAUGGAGGGGGAGGGCUCCCAGAUGAGAAAGUAACUUAGUUUUAGACGUAGCACCUUAGCAGCCUUUUUCCUGGUCCCUAAUAUGUGUCCUUCUUUACAAUAUAACUUUGCAGUCUCUUGUACGUCGUUUAGGGUCUUGUCCUGUGAAGAUGGCAUGGUGCCCUCUGACUCUGCGUAUAAACUCUCAGUAUUAACUCCCAGUCAGAUAAUUAACCAAGCCGACUGACCUCCCUCUCCCAGUGCUCCCCCCUCAGCUAGAUGAAAACCUUUGCUGCUCUGUCUUUAGCAUUCCAUGAACGUGCUUCCAGGUGUCGUAGGCAGCCCUCGAUUCCAAGCCUUAGGCUAAAUCUGUAGAAAAACAACCAUACAAACUUGGAUUAUCCUUCAGACUUCCUGGUGUUAACACUUUUUUAUUUCCUCUUGUUAUUGUUACAAAACCAAAAGGAGACAAUGGAGAUUCAGUGGUUUGAAGGAAAAUGGGUUGAGAGUUUGGACAGGGAAUGGGAUUAUGAUGAAGCUCAGAUCUGUUGUGAACGUCUUGUUACCAGGUGCCAAUAAACUGGGCCUCCCUUGGCAGUGCAGCAAUAGAAUCUUUACUGCUUUUCCAUAGGGUUAGUACUGUUUUCUAAAAGUCCUGGCUGGUUGGGAAGGAGAAAGGGAAAGUCCACCAGCUUGUUUUGAUUGAUGUUUGCUGCUGACGUGGUCAACAUAACCUUCCUGUUUUCUUUGCAAGUUGUGUUAUGGGAGGAACAAAGCAUUUCCCCCCUCAAUUCUUAGGUUUCCCCAGUUAGGCCAAAGUUUCCAUCUAUAGAAGAGGCUGUGUCUCUGAAUGAGACCCACUGUGGCUGUGUUCCUUCCAAUAAGUGGUCACUAAGGCUGAUGGUGGCUAAGGAAUGAUGUAGGUGUGAUUGGAUCAUUCACAAUUCUUUUAUCAGUUAGUCAUAAAUGAGCCCUGGCGAGUUCAUUAACAUCUAAACCCACAUAAUGCAAUUAUAUUCUCAGACACCCUCAUGAAGAAUUCCUACUCUUGGAAAAGACAUGAUUUAUAUACAAAUAUAGGAUGAGCAUUGAUGGAAGUGAAUAACUUAUUUUUACACACACAUAUUCUGUGAUGAAACAUGAGAAAUAGCUCUCCAGUUCAGCCUGUAAUCAGGUUGCAGAUUAACUUGGGUUGAAAAGUUGGUAAUCACUUACUUCCUUGCCACAGCCUGUCUCCAAAGUAUGGUGCACUCUAGGGAAGGAUUAAGAAGUAACUCCUAAUAUCCCUCCUCACUACCGUGUUUCCCCGAAAAUAAGACCCUGUCUUAUAUUUUUUUGAACCCUGAAAUAAGCGCUUGGCCUUAUUGCCAUGCACUCAAAAGCCCGAUUAGGCUUAUUAUCAGGGGAUGUCUUAUUUUGGGGGAAACAGGGUAGUUACAGAAAAUAUGCAUACAUGUAAAUUUUCAUUAUUUGCAUAGUAGAGCGUGCAGUGAUCCCUAUCUAUUGUUUGUGGUGUUGGCUCUCCAAGGUAUCACAUCCUGAUGUUUUUUACUUCUCUAAACUAGCCACACAUUCUUUGUCUCUCUUUGUUCUAUUCUUCUUCAGCAGCUGGAAAGCUGUACCUGUCUGAGCAGGUUAACUCAUUCUUGGAAGCCAUAUUUCAGCAGGAACUAGAUGUUGCCACAAGCCAAGGAUUUAGUGGCUCUUGUGCUCCUGGGAAACAGGAUUAUUUUUUUACUUUCCUAUUGUUAGGGCAAUCUGAGAUUGGAUUCAGAUAUUGGCUAUCUAGGAAAUUAGAAUUAGUGAUUAAAUACUGAUGGAAUGUGAGAUGAAUCUACUUCUAUAUAGCAAAAAUAAUAAUAAUAAUAAUAAUCAAAUUUGAGGGGGGUUUUUUGGUUCUUUUAUCUUGAUCAUAUGUAGCACUUUGGUAUUUUUUUUCCUUAACAAAAUAUAUAUAUAUAUAUUUGUAUUUUGAGCAUUUUUAAAAAAAUAAAUAUCAUUGGAUAAAUCAACCAUAUCAUGCUAUAAGCUCAUGUUACAGUCAUCCAAUAAUAAACCUUGAACAUAGUCCAUGAGGAACAUCUCUGAUGAAAUGGACCUGGUCGAAUAGCAUCAGGUGUUUCUCCUGAGCAAGAUGUUUUGAAAUGAAGGAAGUGGGAGGUAAUUGAAAAGCAUUCCUGUAACCCAAGACGUAUCUUUACCAACUUGAUCAUAGCAUGUGUUUUUCCUCUUUCUUGUGCUCUUUUCACUUUCACCUUACUUCAAUGUUCACAGAAAUUCUUCUCCAUUCAUUGUGCCCUUUGAGCUGCCUGUGCAUUGAUGAACAACUAGUAUACUUCAGAAUGAAACUGACAUGCUGACAUUCCCAUGAUAUAAUCCCUGCUGGAGCCACAGUUCCCAACAUUUGGAAAUGUGCUUUGUCUGUGGCCUUGUUCCCAUUUGUGCUUUGCCAAGGCAGAUGAUAGAAAUUUGUAGAGGAAUGGCCAAAGGCUUAAAAUCUUCAGAAUGUUGGAAUAAGUCAUGCUGUUCCUGAAAUUGACAGGCCAUUUGCUCAUUUUGGUAUGGGCAGUUGGGUGGGCAAUUCGGCCAUUCUCUAGUCUAAUACUUUAUUUGUAGUCAUGGUUUCUCUUUUUCUUUGCGUAUAUCUUGAAUGCUCUCAGAAGUCAUUAAAGAAAUCAUAAAGAGGGAAUAUCUGCCAAGAUGCUGUUGCUUCAUGUAGUAUGGUACCUACUAGCUCUAACUGCAUAGAUAGUACUUAGCUAUAUAAUUACUAGGCAGAAUUUUUGAAAAUAGAUUGAUAUGAAUACAUUUUGAAAAAGUGAUUGGCCAUAAGGAAAAAUAAAAUGCCAUCUUUUCAAGGGGCUGGAGCAGCUCUUUACUCUUUGACCUCUGCUUAAGAAUAGUGGACGAUUCCUUAUGCUGGCCAGGCUACCUCGGUAAGCUUAGUGUGACUUACUCAUCAUCUCUGAAGUAAAGAAAAAUCUUUCCCAUCAACUGAUCUUUCUGAGCAUAAUUACUGAGCUGGAAUCCUUCUACAUAAGUCCUCUAUUUCCCUCAAUGGAUCUAGGACAGGGACUAGUUACUACUGUGUUUCCCUGAAAAUAAGACCAGGUCUUACAUUAAUUUUUGCUCCAAAAGAAGCAUUAGGGCUUAUUUUCUAAUUGUCUUAUUUUCAGGGGAAAUACGGUACUAAAUACAUCCGUCUUAACUCGGGCUUAUUUUUGGGGUAGGGCUUAUAUUAUAAGCAUCCUUAAAAAUCAUGCUAGGGCUUAUUUUCUGGUUGGGUCUUCUUUUCGGGGAAACACGGUAUCUCCAUCACACACUUUCUCCAUCAGGAUCCUUGAUGAUGGCUUCUCAUCACACCCAUUCAAUUCCAAUUAAAAUGUUGGAGCUUUGCUAGUAUUUUGCUGUUCCAGCUUGCAUAUUUCAUUGGCUAUAUUAUAUGUAAUUUUUUUAAAAAAUCAACUGUUGAUCACUAAAGCAGAAGCAAAUUGUUGUCGUCUGUCUUGUUUGUCGAUUAAGAGCAGGUAAACUCCAUGAGGAGUUUUGACCUUAGACUCAGGGAAAAAUGUAAGAGUUGUUUGGUAGCUGCAGAGAGAAUUUCUUCUUGUGACAUUUACAAGCAAAUGUGUCUCUCCGUGACAGGUAACAAAGAAGUGAAGCAACUUUGUUUUGUGGGCUAAAUGACCUGGUAAAAUAUAGCUACUGCAACAGAAUUUUAUAUUCUCAUUGCUAUAAUGGUAAUAUCCUAAACUGAGAAGCAUUGAUGAAAUGAAGCCAUCAUGGUUUUUGCCACUGAGCUUCCCAUGACCGUUUUGGCACUGCUAUUCACUGAGGUUUUAUUCUUUCUUUGCAUGUAGUUUUAGCAGGACACUACCAGCUAGUUCCGGUAUGAACAGAAAUAGCAGGAUUCUUGAAUAAGCUAUCCAUUGCAAAUUUUGUCAUUCAUUUUUAGUCAGUCUCUCCUAUUAACUUGUAGUCUUUCCCUGCUUAUCUAGUAGUGCAGUCUCCUGAAAGGGCCAUAAGUCUUCAUGGCUUGGCCUGAAGCACUUUUCAAUUAUGGUAAACAGUUAUUGGAUUCAGCCCCUUUUAUAUAUUGCACAUACAAAUAAGUAACAGGAAGCAAUGAACAAGCUUUCAGUAUAGUGGCUGAACUUGUUAAAACAUUAGGACAAUAGGUAGCCUACAAUUAUCUUAAUUCAAGAAGAAUUGUGGACAUGUUAAGAGAUCUUGAAUCUUUAAAAAGAGGAUCUCGGCAAGAAAUGUUGAGUGAAUGCAAGUAAACUAGAAGACCCAUUUUGCUAAGAUAAGCUUUGUUCAAAGGACAAAAAACAUUUGGAUCCAACUUUGUCAAGUUACAAGUUCUUACCGCAUUUGAAUGCUCUUCAUUUUAACUGAAUUCAGGCGCUAAGUUUCUUGUUACUAACAAUUAAAUUGUGAUUGGCUUUUCUUCUCCUCUGUUGGGAUCCUCUGUUGCUUUGGGGUUCAGCACCCCAAAACUGAUUUUUUGUCUUGCCUUUCCAAAAUGCCUUUCCAAGAUGAGCUUUUAUCUGUGCUUUGUAUAUAGCAUUCUGAUCUUUCAUUAGGUGUCUCACCUACGUUAUGAAUAGUUGAGGAAUUGGGGUUACUAAUAAUAGAAUAGAAUAAUAGAAUAGAAUAUUUUACUUGCUCCAUGAGCAAGUAUGGUUUGUGAAUCAUCUUAAGCAGUUUGAUCUAGAAGCAUCGCUUAAUUGUGUCUGAAUUCUCAGCUUCUUGCCCACCUACAAUCUAAAUUAUAUUUUCUCAAUAACUGAUGAAGGGUGUCGCCUUGGGAUAUUUUCAAUACUACAGAAUUGCCUGGUUCUCUGAAAUCACUGUAAUAUUGCUGCUACUGGAGGAUGAGUUCUCAAUUCUUGAGCGUCCACGAUACCCAGUUCUACCUUCUGUAGUCUUAGAUUUAGAGGCAGUGCUUUGAGAUUGGCUUCAGACUCGAUUGAUGUAAUGUUUGAGAUAUGAUUCUGAUAGACUAGCCGUCUACAAUACGAUGCUGCCCCCAAAUAUGAGGACUACAAUCCCAUGAUUUCCAGUCAGAAUCCUAACUGUGAACUUUGGAAUUUGUGAGUCAAGACACAUGAAGAGAACUCUAAUUGAGCAACAACAUUCUACAUCAACUGGCCCCCCUCCUCAUUUCAUAUUGUGCAUCCUGCAUCUGUUUAUAUUAUAAAUGUUGCUUUGCUUUCCAUUCAUUCAUUCUUCUUAGUCAUAGACAUGGUAUUGGAGACAUCGAAACUUGUUGGAAAACUAUUAGUACAAGUACAUGAGAGAUUUCUUACUAGAAGCAAAUGUUUUUAAAAAGGGCUUCCUAAUAAAAUAGUGUCGCUGGUUUUUAACACUCUAUACUAUUUACUCUUCUUUUCAGUGUCCUGGACUGGAAAGACUUUUAAGGCAAUAAGUGGAUUUCCUUGUGCUUGUAGUUGACAUCAUCCUUCCUGAAAAGACUCCCUUGAUAAAAUGUUAGUUGCAGCUUCUAUGAGUAACAUCAGCUUUCUUCCAGUGGAACAGUUUCCUCCCACGCUUGUAUUAACUGAAAUUGCAAACAAACUAAUUUUUCUGUUCCUACUAUGUUGUGAGUCCCUUAGCAACGGGCAUUCAGUAAUAUAUUGCCUCCGAACGUGGCGUAUUCAUAACGAUUAUGAGUUUCAGCCUUUGAUCACUGAGCAAAAUAUAUUGAACCGUGCAAGCAAUUUAAGCCACUCAGCCAGCUAGAGAAAACAUAGUGCAAAAUGCUGGUAGCAUCUAUUGUCCAGGAAAAAUACUUCUUCUAGUGAUUUGUUACUUGCUCUGUGUGAGACUUACAAUAGCCAUUUUUCUAGAUACAUAGGAAUCUUGUGAUCAAAAUGUGAUUUAGUUGAUAAGUUGAUUUUUUGAUAGGAAACGCUAACUUUUUGGUAUGAUAGCGUUCUAAUAUAGGGAAGCCCAGUUCUUUUGUUGGUUGUCAAUUCCAUAACUCCUUGCAACUUUUGUUGUGGAUAAUCAUACCCAAUUGUCUUCCUAAAAUCAAUGUGUUCUGUGAUUGAGAUAAUUCUGAGAAGAACUCUGAUGUUCUAUGUGGAUCUCAAGAGGGUAUUUAAGCAAAUUCCUUUAUCAUAAUUCCAGUUGUGUUGGAUGUCAAUUUCUAAAAUUUCCAGCUAGCACAACAGAGCCACAUAAGAGUUGAAAUGCAGUUUUAUCUAGAGGCAUCAAGCUGAGGAAGUCUGCCUUGCUUUGUGAUGUUGUGGAAGGGGAGCAAUAGCUUUAUCCCCUAGAAGUUCAUGUCUAAAUGGGCAAGACCAUUUACCACCCUCCCAUGUUCAAGACAAGACUAGCUUUGGAAACCGACUUUCAGCAGUGAGUUCUGUGGUCCAUUUGCUGUGAAUGAAAGAGCUAACUUCCAUAGCAGAUGGCACUGAGCAGUUUCCCUGGUUUUUCAGGAUGCUCAGAAUCUGUUUCCCAUGUUUAGUAUCCAAUUCUAAAAGUGCCUAAUGUGAUAACUGAACCUGGUUUUAUGUAGGAGACACUGGCCUUGCCGGUCUUUGUCCUUCUGAUAUGGGAGGACGUGGCAGCCUAGAAUGUGAAUUAGCUUCCGGAAUAAACUGGACAGCAACCAUAGUUGCUUUUCUUUCUCUCUCUCUCUCUCUCCCCACCCCCACCCUCCAUUUGACUCUGCCCUUGUGGGCUGGGAAUCAUUGGAAUUGCAAUCCAACGCAACUGUUGACCACUUGCCUGAUUGUUUUAUAAUCUUGGAAACGGCCAUGAUGAGAGAGCCUAACAAAAGAAUUGCUGUAGAAAAGUGCUGUAGCAAGCGAGUCCAUGUCCACCUCCUUCCUCUUCUUAUUUUCCUCUGCAUAAAAAGUGCCGCCUUGUUGGAAGGUUGCAUUUUGAACUCCUCAUCUGCAUUUCCUGCUACGUGCAGAAGAGAAGUUAUGAACUAUUCUUCCCAGCAAUCUUUUAUGAAUGUGAAAAAGGUCUGAGCGACUCCUCCCUCCCUUUCCCCCCCCCCACCCCCCAAUUAGUACAUUUCAUUUCUACAUUGGCUGGAUUCCUGCAUUGAAAGGAACCAGCAGUGUAGGAAGAAACCUGUUAUCUUUCAUUCCAGAACAUUGUUUUAAGAUAAUGGGGAGAGAAGGCAUUAAAACAUUAUACUAGGGAAUUGGAAGUGAAUAUGCCUCACGUAAGAGGGUAAGGAGGGACCAGAUUUAUUUCCUCCUUCCAUUCUGAGCUGAAAUACAUCGCAGCUUAAUCAAUUGCAGGUUGCUGUAGCUUAUGGGCAAGCCAAGUUUGUGCAUUUUCUAACUUCCAUUCCAGGACUGCCUGUCUCUUUUCUCCUCGUGUUCCUCUCUGAUCCACUACUGUGGUGGCACUCCGACACUUUGCCUGGUGUUGUUUUGGCCUGCCAUAACUGAGUUCAGCCUACCUCAAGAGGUAAUUCUGUGUCUCCCUGUCUUGCAGCCACAAUCCCUUUUAUUUCAGCGUCCUUUUUGACAUAUGCAUAGAUAACACACACACAAACCACACUGGACUGUCUAUCGCCCUACUCUCCAACCCCCUUGCUGUUGCCACCAGUUCUUAUUGCAGAUUGGAUGCUGCUUUAAAUGUGAAAAAAAAAAUGAAUAAAACAGUUGUUUUAAAAAGCUAUAUAAAGAAGAAAAAAAAAUAAAAAUAAAAACCUGAAUGAAAAGCUAAAGCUGAAUUUAUAAGCCUUGUUGCAUAUGAGCCAAAAGUGCAAAAAGCUCCAUAUAAUAAAUUAACCUGCCACUCAUAUAAAUAUAAAUAUAUAUAAAUAUAUUAAAAUCAGACUGUUCUACAAAAUUGUGUAUUUGUAUUUUUGUGUACGUACAAUUUUCUGCUAAGCAGAAGGAGGAUGUAGUAUAGGAUGUGAGAGAAUUUUUUUUAAUCAAAUUUCUUUUGCUACUUAUUUUUCUUAACAUUCAUCUCUCUGUCUCUGUCUUCUCUAUGUAUGACACAGUUUUUGAAAAAGCUGCAGUCUCUCUCUUCUUCCCCCUGUUCCUCUUAAACCCCUCCUCCCCAAAAUGGUCCAUUGCCAGGGUAUACGCUGCCACUAGUUUUGCAGAGAUAUAGAAACUCUCAAAAGUUUGAGAACUCACUGCUUUUAGCAAUGUCAACAUGUGCUUUGUUGGGACUUGGCAUAGUUGCUUCCAAAGUUGUUGAAUCUUGUCAGUGAAUUUCUAUUUCCCUGAAGCAACUUGGCACUUGGCUAAAGUUGGUCAAGGCUUUCGGCGGUCUUUGGUUUGAGAUCCCAAAUAUCUUUGUGAAGGCAUUCCGUCAAGGAAAAAAAAUCAUUGUCAAUCAGACAGGCUUUAGAUUCCUAAGCACGAGCCCAGGAAUUGAGGGCAAAGGCAUUUAGUCACGUUGAAAUUAUUACUCAAUUGAAAACUGAAAGGCCAGACUAGUGUAGCCAUGAUUUGAACAAAAGUAGGAUGGUCUUAAAUGCCCAAAGUAUCUUGUGCAUAUUUUUAUUCCAAUCCUAUAACCAUUCUAUUAAAAAAAUAAAAGAGCAAAUAAUCUAAAUAGGAAGAUUAAAAAAAAUUGUAGAGUGAUGAGAGAAAAAAAUUAGGAUUAUCUCAUAUCUGAUUAAUAUUUCUCAGUUUUCAUAUUUCUUCCCUCUUUGGAAGGAUAUUAGUGGAACUGCCACUUAACUUUAUCAGUUAAUUUAAUCUGUCAAGGGAUUUAUUUCUUCUUUGAAAAGUGCAAGCCAAGUUCCCACAAACCUGCAUCUGUCCUCUUUGCCUCUAAAGUAUAUUUGACUUUCAGAAUGGUUAUUAACCUCACAGUCUUGGUUGAUAUAAAUACAACUUGGUCAGGCUAGAGACCCAGGCUGGUGUUCCACUGAAAUCUCCAAAACGGGCUACGAUGAAAUACAAAAUAGAAAAUGCAAGAGGCUUACUACUCUUUAGAAAAACCGUGGGAGCAUUGACAACUAUCCUGUUCUUACCUCGUUGUAUGAGAACAUGCAGGAUGUUAAAUUCCAAAACAUUUUUCCAGUGUAACUUUCGUUGAGAAUUUUUUUCCCUCAACUUAAAAAAAGUUAUGUAUAAGCUCUUAUUUAACGCUAUGAGAGCCUUUUGUACAUUGAAAUGUCCUUGACUGAUUUCCCAUUUAGUUUCCCAGGGUUCUUCCUUUGCAGGUGGAAACCUUUUCUCUCCUUUUAAAGCUACAUGCCUCAUACUGUUGACCCUUACCAUUUCUUCCAGGGGUGAGAGAGACACUACAUCUUUCUAAGUAGGGCUCAUAUUUAUACCAGUGUGUACUGACUGUGGAAGAAGUCCUUGUUUCUGUAUGUGAAUGGGGAAAGAAACAAGUGCUCUAUUGUAUUGAUUAAAAACUAGCUUAAAAAACAAAUGAGUCCUGUAUCAUUGUAUCUCCUAUUCUGGAUUAUUAGUGCCUUUUUGGACAGUAGACUGUUCUGUAAUUAAAUUGUAGUAUAACUGCUUUUUUGUACAGUUUUGUUUUAAUAAACUUUUUUUAAUUUGUGUUUAUUUUAGUAUUGUACCUACUAGAAAAUUAAAAUGUAUAACUGAAAAAAAA